UAAUGACUAUAGAAAUGCUAUGCACUGGAAGAUAAAGGCAUUAAUAACAAAUACUUGGUCAUGGCUAACGAAUGCUUUGCCAAGCCCAUGCGUGCUUCAUGCAACAAAGAUGGUGGGCCAUACAUGGCUGUUUUAUGCAACGAAGAUGGAGUUUCAAGAUCCAUUUCAGAAACGCCCCCUACUCAUUACACACUCAAAAUUCAGUCACUUUCUCUUCUGAAAAAGAACAAUAUUGAGAAAUACACCUCUCCGUAUUUUGAAGCUGGCGGCUAUAAAUGGAAGUUGGUGUUUCAUCCAAAUGGAAACAAAAACAAGAAUAAAGCAGGCAAGCACGUUUCUGUGUAUCUGAUGAUGGCGGAUGCAACCUCACUUGCCCCUGCAGGUUGGGAGGUUCAUGCUGCUUUUCGGCUCUAUUUGCUUGAUCAAAACAACGACAAUUACUUGGUCCUCCAAGAUUCAUCUAAUGAAAAGGGAAGAAGAUUCCAUGCUAUGAAGGUGGAAUGGGGAUUUGAUCGAUUCAUGAGUCAAGAAGCUUUCAGCAAUCCAGAAAAUGGGUAUGUUGUAGAUGAUACGUGUGUCUUAGGAGCAGAGGUUUAUGUAUGUCAAGAAAAGUUCCCAGGUAGAGGGGACUGUCUCUCCAUGGUGAAAGAUCCCAUUAGCUUUGAGCACACCUGGAAGAUCAACACGUUCUCUGCUAUUACUGCAAAUUGUGAAGACUCUAGGACCUUCAUAGCAGGAGAACAUAAAUGGAAGAUACAAGUAUACCCCAAGGGAAAAGGAAGUGGCACAGGCAGCCACCUGUCACUAUACUUGACAUUAGCAGAAUCAAGCAGCCUUUCUCAGGGCACUCAAAUAUAUGCAGAUUUUACAUUGCGUAUCCCUGAUUCAAAAAAUGAGAGAUAUUACAGUGACAAAGCCAACUAUUGGUUCAGUGCAUCACAUACAUCUUGUGGAUGGCCAAGAUUUAUACCGAUUUGGUUAUUCAAUUACCGCUAUCAGGUCAAAGGAGCUUGUGUUGUAGAAGCUGAAGUCACUGUGCAUGGGAUUACUACUAAAAAUAUCAUGCUCUAAUUAGUAGCUAGAAUUUGAUCAUGACACCAAUUAUUGUACAGAGAAUAUUUCCUCUUCUGUUUGGACAGGCCAGAUAGAAGAAAAUUGAAGUCAGUCUCAUUGUGAUAAAAUAAUCCGCUUGUAUCAUCAUGCCAAUUUGGCAAUUCAUGCCAGUCCCAGUAUUCUUUAUCAUAUAGUUACGCAUAUGAACUACUACUAUUUGGUAAUUAAAUCCAUUAUCCGCGUUCUUGUUGUA